CCAUUCACCACGCCCAUUUCAUAUUGCUGAUGAAUGCUUAACCAAUAACGAGGAGCUAAUCUUUAAAAUCCGGCCUCCCUGAAAGAUUGAAAUCGCUCCGAACCAAUCAGCAAGUCGAUACGGACUUUGACGCUGAACGCAGGGGGAGAGGAGGACUGUGAUGGUUUCCUGAGUGAAAACAUUUCACCGCCUCUGUGUUUAUUUCGAUAUGCCGACAGGUUGAACAGCUUUCUGUUAUUAAACUGCUAAAAUCAAACAGUAUACAGGAUUAUCUUUUUUUUAUUUUUACGUCGCCAGUUGUGUUAUUGUUAUUUAAAUCAUGGUUAAAUCUGCGGAGUGAUGCGUAGUUUAUUUGAAUGAAGCGGAAGCCCGAAGACCCGAAAGGAGAAUGAGCUCCACACCCGGCCGGGAUGCAGUUGUUUCUGUCGCCGCUGUCCAUCUCUCCAACACCGGGGUAGCGGUGCCUUCCAGCAGGGCCCUGCACGUCGACCUCCUGUCUCAGCAACGACGCCUGCGUCACCUUCGAAGCAUUGCAGCCCGGAAUAUUGUUAACAAGAAUGGCUCUCCGCUCUUGGACACACGCUUUACACUGCACUUGUGUGACGGCACACAGAUAUUCAGAGCCUUUUACAAGAGUGAAGUUGUAAGAGACUCGUUGAAUCCCACAUGGAGGAGUGUAGACUUUGCUGAGCUGCCAGACCAUCUCGACAUGUCUGUGUCCUGCUUUGUGGUGCGGAUCUGGGGAGGGCGACUGGAACAGUACCAGCUGCUCAUAGAAUGGAAAGUGAAUCUGGAUGGGCUGAGAUACACGGGGCAGCAGAUCCGGUCUCGUAACCCGAAUGAAAUAAUAUUUGGAUUGAAUGACGGCUACUAUGGAGCCUCUUUUUAUCACAAGGAUCAGUCGGAAAGGAAGAGCAGUUUACUGCAGGUGGACCAGAGCUGUGUGAGGAACACCUACAGCGUGUUCUCUUUGCUAAGGUUGCACACAGCCCAGCGUGCGAUAAAACAGACUCAAGCAACGGUUCAAAAGAUUGGGACAGAGAUUGAAGAAAAGCUGAGGCUAACAGCAUCGAGUAAUGAGCUGAAGAAGGAACGGGAGUGCAUACAGUUGAAGAUCUUGGUGCUGCGGAGUGAAUUGGAAAGACAGAAGAGAGCACUCGGGAGAGAACUGGAGACGUUACAGAAGGAACAGACGCGACUGCAGAGAAAAGGGGAGGCGUUCUCAAACAAGCAACAGUCUUUGGAGACAGACCAGGAGUCCUUAACAGAGCAGCAAAAGGAAUGCACUGCCAAAAGAGAGCUGUUUUUGAAGAGCAAUGCACAGCUGACCUUCCGGUGUAGGCAGCUACUGUCAGAACUCUCGUACAUUUAUCCUAUUGAAGUGAGCAAUCAAACGGAUUACGUAAUAUGUGGAGUCAAGCUGCCAAACUCUGAAGAUUUCCAAGCGAGGGACGAUGGAAGUGUCGCGGUUGCCCUGGGUUACACAGCCCAUAUUGUGCUGAUGAUUUCCUACUUCCUGCAAGUUCCGCUCAGGUAUCCAGUCGUCCACAAGGGCUCCAGGUCUUCAAUCAAGGAUAAUAUCACAGACCAGCUAGCGGAAAAGGAGAGAGAGUUUCCCUUGUACCCAAGAGGAGAGCGCUUUCAGUUUGAAUAUGGCGUCUAUCUUUUGAACAAAAAUAUCGCCCAGCUGAGAUACCAACAUGCCCUGUCGACUCCAGACCUACGUCAAACCCUCCCGAACCUAAAGAACUUUCUGGAACAUGGGCUGAUGGUGCGGUGUGAUCGACAUCAGAUGUCAAGCGCGAUCCCCGUCCCGCUAAAAUCGCACAUGACCACCUCCGAGACGGGCUACCCGACCAGGACCACCUCCCCAGAGAGAGGCCUUCGCAAGCGGGCCAUCUCUGAGACCGACCAGCCACAGUACAGAACCCCUCCGCCCAGCUACAACACAGCAACCACCCAGCCCAUAGCCCUGCUGGCACCUCCAAGGGGUUCUUCUGCUGCUAAACCCGUGUCGUCUUCUUUAGACGCUGCCAUUGACUUUUCUAAAAGCAUGGAGGCAGGAAAGGCUCUAAACAACGACAAUGGCGGCGUCUCAGACUCGAUGAGAGACACGAGUGACCAGCCGGGCUCCAGCCCCCAGCACUCAGGCACGCUGAACGGGUCGGCCUUGCCCAGCGAGGACAACUUGCUCACGUUAAGCGGGGAGUUGCGCUGCUCCGUGGAGCAAGCCGAGGAGAUCAUGGGCACGGAGGCCACGGGGUACAGCGUGGGGGGGGAGCACAGCCUGGAGGGGUUCACGUGCAUCCCAGUGGACCACGCCGUGGCCGUGGAGUGUGACGAGCAGGUCCUGGGGGAGCUGGACGUCACUGGCUUUGAGGAGUUCUCCCGCCGCAUCUAUGCACUAAAUGAAAACAUGUCGAGCUUCCGCAGACCACGCAAGAACUUGGAGAAGUGAGCUAGAUCGUGAUCGGGUGUGGACCUUUAACCAAGCUACAAGUACAAAAAGAUAAAGAAAGAAAUAAAGAAGAAUCUGAAAUGAAGACAGAUUUGCACUUCUUAAAUGAAAUUCUAGUAUUAAUUAUGGCUUAUGUAUGACCUUUUUAAGGUGCAGGGAACACAGAUCCCAUGCAUGUAACAGUAAAUGAAAAAUGUUAUGAUUUUCGAUCCCCCUUCCAAACCCAGAUUCUGUCACUACCAGGGUACCUGCUCUACAGUGACCUCUGCUGGUAAGGAGGAGGUCAGUAAACUGAUGGGUCUUAACCACACAUGGAGUCAGGGUCAGAAUGCUCUUUCUGAAGACAUUCUCCUGUGCCUGUCACACCUGUUAGUUUUAUUAAUAUAAUAUAAUAUAGCAGAACAUAAAUGCUAUACUAACACAAGUUAAAAGCAGUAAUGACCAAUAUGUAUUAUAUAUUGCAUACUGUGAACAAUUAGCUUAAAACAAUACAAGCAGAUUGGUUAUAAUUAUUGGUAUAAUAAUAGCAGUUAAUCAGUAUUUUCCUUUUUUUUUUUCUAUUUACAUGUCAGGUGGGUUUGAAGUGUGGGUUUCAGGUGAUCUGGCAGGCUGGCUUCACUUAAACGGGGAACGAAGCAGGAGUUCAAUGUAAUUGCACAGUGCAGAGUGCUGGUAGUGUGUGGUAGCUGUUAUCUAGAAUGGCAAUGUUGCUGCUUUUCUUCUUGUGUCCUGCGCAAGAACAUUUUAAAACUCCCAUCGCUCAAUAUAGGAAGAGGUAUCUGUGCUUUGAUCGAGAGAGUCGGUGUACGCAUUCCUGUGUAUUGCACUCUGUGAAAUACAGAUUGCUGUCAUUAACAUUAAACCAAACACCGGGGGGGGUACUGCUGUGCACUGCUGCCAAACAUGGCACUGCAAAACGCAAGCAGGAGGUUGGAGACUGAAUUUCAUUUCUAUUCAUUUUAUUUGUACGUUUAGUUGCAUCUGUGUUUAUUAUACAGAAGGGAUGGGGGGGUUCAGCUGGUCAAUGCCAUUUACACCAUUUACGGUGCACAAGAAACAUUCAAUUCCCCCUACACCCCAGACUCAUCAAAGCAAUUGGAUUGUGCAGAAAGUACUGUAUCAGCCCUUUGUGGGGCUAGGGACCUUGACUUGAUAGGAAGCUUCAGAAAUACAAGAUUAAAGAGGCUAUGGAUCUGUUUAUCAUGCUAGCAAUUCCACACAAACAGUAUUCUACUGGAUUGUCUUAACGGUGCCCCUGGAUUUACAUGUUGUAUUCAGUGCUGAAUAAUCCUCAUUUAAAUGUAGCCCCUUGCAUGUCACAGUGAAACCUUUAUUAUCAGGUCAUUUAACAGUUACAGUUCACAGUCCCAUAGCUACGGUAUGGUCUGCAAUAGGGAGCAUGUCAAUAUCAGAUCAGCCCGUGUACCUCUGCCUGCGCUGUGUGUGUGCUGAUUCUCUCUUCAACACAGCAGUACAGUACAGUGUGCACUGCAGUAACAGUAAUAGAUGCUGAUUCCAAACCCAGCAGAGCCGGGAGAUCAGAGCUUUCCAGAGCUGAGCUGUGCACUGCACGGGGUAAAGCAGCAGUUAAGGCUGCUCCUGUUCUAGGAUGAGUGGUUUACCUGUGCCAGGAUGGAAGAGAAUAGGAAAGGAUUGUCAGUCCUCAUCCCACUGAGACUCCAGCCCUCAGAACCAACACCCGACUCUACCCUUCUCCCAAAAAGAAAAGUUAGUGCAAAAAGAGUCCUAUAGAAUCAUUUCAGCUUUAUUUAUCAAGCAAAGACAUUACACUGCCCCGAACAGCCAAAAUUGUAGUGGUGACUUUUGUUCUGUUUUGUUUUAUAAAUGUCACCAAGGAGCCCUGUUCACAAUGCUAUUAUUUACUUUUGAGAUUGUCAUUAAAAGAAACCGUGACAUUUAAUUAAUCAAAGCUUACUUUUUUUUUUUUUCUUUUCAAUGCUUCACGAGUUAAAGCUUUGUGCACAGGGACCUCUGUUUCAAACCCAGUUGUGUACUUUAUUGUUUUGUUUUUUGUGUUAAUGUCAAUAACUAAACGGUGUACGUUUCUGUGGUUUGGAAAGGAUCUAACCCACCCUGCCCCUUCACCUUGAACCUCAUCGCACCGGGAGGAGAGACACAGGGACACUGUUUCAAUGCUUUCUUGUCUGUCAUCUUGGCUUCAGCUUGUUUCUGUUUGUUCCCUGGUGUUAGUCCUUCUCUUCUUUAGUUCAGUUCGGUCUAGGCACCUCCUUCAAUGAUUCUUAUGACUCUGAUGUGUGUGUGUUUGUACGCUAGGCUGUGCUUUUUAGUUAUGUCUUUUAUGAACGAUUCCACCAACAUGAUUUUAUAAUAGAAUAAGUAUGCAAUACAGGUUUCGCUGCACAUACCAAUCUGUUCAAUAUUAUGUUACUGUGCUUCUCUCUCACUGUUCUCUGAAUGCCCUUCCCAGCAAGGCAAUAUUGACUGGUGGAUUUUGAAGAAGUCACUUUUUACAGCACGCAGCUUAGAAUUGCAAACACAAUUCCCAACUAAUAACCCAAAUGUAACUUUGAAUCCUUCUGCUAAAUAAAUCGGGACGCAAACAAAUCUGUAUUUUUAAUAAACAUCGAUAUUACUCUUUUUUGGAGUUUGAAUAAUGUGCAUCUUUUAGGUGCCUAUUGCAUUAUGUAUCUAAAUACCCAAUUAAUGCAUUUUCAUACAUGUUACUGUACAGUACCUACUUGCAAAAGUGUGCUUGUGUGAGGAUCUUAGUACAGUGAUCUGUUAGUAACCAAAUCAUAUGCUACCAACAGUGCCACAGCUCCGAAUACAACAAAGUACUGUGCUAUUGUGAACAGUCAAUGCACACUCGCAUGCAAACCAUGGGAACUCCUAGAUAAGCCUUUCUGUCAUACAACAGAUCUGACUGGGUAUACUGACUGUUGACAUUAAUUGUAUUCUUGUAUGCUUAUCAGGGUUGAUGCUGUGUAUAUAAUUUUUGUAUGCACAUUUUUUUUUUAAUUAAAGUUCAUGAUCAAACUA